GUACAGUUGUUCCUUGUGGAGCAAGAUGAAGUAGCGGUGUCCUGAGAAACAGCGUCUGUCAACGUCUCUUCUCUCUCCCUAUAAAACAAAGCAACACUCUCCAACAACCAUCCACAUCGACAUUCAUAAUUGUCGAAGAUGACCACCACGAUACAGGGCUUCGACGACGGGUUUUGUGUCUCGUCGAGCAGCACUUCUGCCUUUGGUCGGACCGACACGAACGGCACACACCCUCGUCAGAGGGGCCGGAAUAUGAUGCUCGCAGAUACCAGUGCAGCAGGAGGAGCAAGAAAUUCUCCUAGAAGGAGUCAUAUGAAACAAGACAGUCUCUGCCAGCGAACGACAGGAACGGCUGUACAGACAGAAGAGGUAUCCACAUCGCGAACGUCUGCCGAUACAACACCCAAGACCAGUUUCUCUCGCGCUUUCUGGAGUCUAUGUUCAUCUAGUAAAACUAUGAGCAACAUCAGUGUAGGAGUCCGCGACAAGAACCGCAAAACUACGACUACGACGAGAAGAACUAGUACCCGAAAAGGCUCUUCUUCCAAAUUGAACAAGAGAAAAAUGUCAGCUGCAGGAUACUUUGGCUCCAUUGGGACGGGAGCGAGAAAAGCUAUGCGUCUGUUCGUAGCAUUAGGCGGAGCAAAGCAAGUCGUCGCGCAGUUUUCGGCCGCGUUUCAAGGCGUAAUCCUGGAGGACCUGGAUUGCCCUUGCCAGGAUAAAGAUCAAGUCUGCUUCAUACCCGUGUGUCCGAAAGGGUAGUUCGUAGUUUUAAAUUUAUUAUUGGUCAUACCUAGCGUGCAGCACUCUCCGUCUCCCACGUUUGGAGCCUGGGGGGUAGUGAGUGCGAGUGCAGCAUCUCUGAUUCCGUCCUUCUUGUCCAACGUGCCCCUCAAGCUCAAAUAUCACUAUAUAUAUCUUCAGGGACCACUCUGGAGCACUUUCUCAACUCACAGACUAUUGCUCUUCGUUUUUUCUAGUUAGGUCUGCUCCAUUACUAUUUUUUCUCUUCAUCGUUUAAGCCAGGUGUCUAUCAGGCUUACUCUUGUUGGACAUUUUUCUCGUUACAUCCCCUUCUCGUAGGACGACAAAAUCGUCGAGGUGGGAACUCAUCUACCCAUAAGUAACACGAAAAGACUUGAUGAAUCUUCGAAGUCGUCAUCUAAGACCUAUCUAUGAGUACGAGUAGUGAGCCAACGCCACUCAAGGAAACACUUUUCGUUGCUGUUCACUUUCCCUUUGUCAAGUCUCCCACACACAACUACAUCUACUACCACCAGGAUGUACCAGUGCUGUUUUGAUUGCACGAUUAGUACCUGCGAUAGAGAUGCUCUGGGCUUCUUCCCGCAUGGAGACUUGUACCUAUCAGAACGAGGUGUUUUGGAGUGCCUUCAAUGCAAAAGCGGGGACUUCUGCAGCGGGUAUUUUUACAACCCUGCUGUUGAAGAAGAGGAUAACUCAUAAUAUAGAGCGAUUAAUAGUAAGUCUGUUUAUCCGUCACUAUGAUGUACAACAAAAACAAAGUAACUUGAUGUACCAUUUUGGGCUAAGUAUCGCAAACAUUAACAUCAUCGUCGUAUCUACUAAAUCACUCAACAUCAUCAGGUGCGAUAGUUACCAGGAGUGUCCGGCUUUUCCCACUAAGAAUGCUGCAGGCGCUGGUACGUACGAGGCACCACGAGUGAGCUUACCAGGAUCUAUUUUGUUAAGGCUUGGUUUUUGACAUCCUAAUCUUGCUAACAAACUAACUAUCACAAGUAAGUUCGUUUACUUCUACUUGUCACGCCUUGAAUGUGUACUUUUACCAAGUCAACAAACCCAGCAUGAAUCCAUGCUCCCUUUUUUUUCGUGAAGUGAAUCUUCUGUCUCUAAUCCUCGAUCGUGAAUGUCAACGGUGCCCGGAUGGUUUCGAAGCUGACUUUAGUCGCGAUCGCUGUGUACCUCCUUUCCGCAACGAUUGCGACAUGGUUCUUCUAGAAAUCUGUCUCGCUGGAUGCAAAGACAACCCGACGAAUGACGAGUGCCAGAGGAUGGAAUGUACUCGUACAACUGUAGAAUGCGGCAUCUAUGCAGCAUGCUCUCGACGAGAUAACUACGUUCAAUUUAGAGGCAUAGAUAACGGUUGAACAAGUAGGAGAGGUGCGUAUGGAGUUUAUUCGUAAAAAGUCAGAGUCACUCAUCGUUAGGUAUUGACUACCCUCCUGCAGACUUCCAUCUUCGUCACCAGUGCUUCUGAUCCCGCCCUCAAACUAACAGGUCGCAUCUUUUGUGCGAACGAUCAGCGGGACAGUAAUCCCAACUGUCUAGAGGCGCAUAAAGAAAUGUGUCAGGAGUUCAAUCUGCCUAUCUACGAUCCGGCUGCGUCCGCGUUACCAGGCUUGGCGACGACGACAGAGGCACCAACCAUCUUGCUCACCGAUGACUCCGGAAUCGCGACGGUCGCACCGGUAUCUUCAUUUGGAUUUUUGACAGUACGGGACAACUAGGACAUCUCAACUUAAACCUAUAUUUGACAGGAGUUUUUUUCCGGAAGGUCACAAGUACUUACACAAACCAACUACGAGUGGUUGUACUUUAUAUUAUGAUGACAUACAACAUUCUUGAUGAUGGAUCGGUUCUUUGUAAUAUCAUUAUCACCAAUGUAAUGUUAAUGAUCAACAACUCUCGUCAAUCACCCUUCCAGUUUCGGCAAGAAGUGCCGUGCAGCAUCAAUUGCAAUCACGCAGCCACGAGAGGAGUCGCGAUCUCAAUGAUGUUGCUUCCGAUCUGCUUGUUUUGGUUCAAUCUCCUCUAAGUGUGAGUACAUUGAAACUGAGAAGGAAUAGGAAAUACUUGUUAUAAUCGUGAGCGUUAGGUACUGCUAAAAUUAGAUAGUAGGACCUCAUAAGGAUAAGAAAGACUAGAAGUAUGAAAAUCACAAUGUCAUAUUGCUCCACCAGUGAAUCGAAAAGCCUCAACUCCCCCUAAAAAAAUAAAUUACCAGGAAAAACAAACUACAACUAGCAUUUGGCCAUAAAUGGUUCCUGUUGCAUCACCAACAUAAUAACUACACCCACACAAGAGUAGGCUCAUCCCAAACAGCAACCUUUUCAUAUCCAUAUCAUCUGAACUUCAAAAAUGCAUAGAACUGAAUUUAACUCGACCGAAGCAUGCGUAGUGCUUUCAUUUAUAAAUCCAGACGAAGUAUGCGUAAGUACUCCUAAAUCCACCCUUAAAUUUUCGCUGAACUAAACUAUCGCAGAAACCUCCUCAUCCAUGAUGGAGCAUCAACGUGAAAGUAGUCUCAAUUGUGCAUCUCUUCAUCUACUCAAUGACCACCUCCACAGUCAGAUUUACGACCUAAUAUUAGUACGAAACACAAGAAAUAAGGAAAGUGAUCUCGAGACGUAAAUUGACAUUCAAUCGCGAUUGUAUAUGUUACUAGGGCUUGGUACUUCUUAUUUGGGUAGUGCUUCUAUUUCUACUGCAUCCCCCGUUGGGCGGUAGACGCCCUUGCAUCUCGCCUGCAAGAGAGUCUCACCGGUGUUAUAUGCAGAGAGGAGCACCGCGCCUGCUAGCGAUCUUGACUCUCGCCGUCAACGAUAGCUACAGGUGCCUUGCAGAUUUUGAAGGUUGUUGUAACCAUGAAUGAUAAACCAACUUGGUAAACGAGUUGGGCCCUCCAUUUGGACGCCGGCAGCGGCAAGAUACCCUUGCUGAAGAGUCUCCGAUGACUGCUGCUCCCUUUUUUCGAACGAGAUACGUCAGGCGGAGAGGUCUUACAUCUGUGUUUUUUCUCCAUUUUUUCCUGCAUACGACACGACAAUCUCCAGAGUAAAGUUCAUUCACUUUCGUAGAGCUCGGAGGGUAAACCUCGUUCAUGCUCAGGCAGACGCCGCUUCCAUCUCAUGUGUAGAGAACCAACCUUGCUUCUAAAAAGCACCCGGUACAUCCACGUAAACAAUGUCUCUCAUCCGUAACGCUUUCAGCGCAGCUUCUGCUGUCAUAACGCACCUCGGAGCGGCCGUCACCGCAAAAGCACGGACAUAUGACGAAAUGUUAUCUCACGUUGCCCGGCACCCUGAGAAGCAGAUCGAACACUGCUACGUCCUGAUAAAGUACCUUCGCAGAUACAUAUACAACUUUAAGGCCCCCCCCCCUCCACAUCAGCUUGUACUCUGUAAGACAUUAGAACACAUUCUUAAGAACAUUCAUGCAACUCUCACUCAUAAACUCAUUCGUGCAGUCACUCUACAUACAGAAUGAAACCAACAUCACACACAAUGCCCCCAUCCUAGCAACAUGAAGGUUCUACUCGACGACACUAGCACGAAUAUGCCUGUUCGCAAUCAUCCUGAAGUCGCUCAGCAUGUCCCAGGAGCCAGUUGUAGCAGCAGCACUCGUCUACAUGAACCUCCAGCUCGCAGAACUAAACCGCCUCCAAACCAGACGAAUGGCCAUUGCUGGAGCUGCAGCCCGAGCAGCAUCACACGCACAUCACGCAGAUUCGAGCAAGUCGCACUCACAGUAACUGUGUUGCACAGCAGCACUGUAGCUCACGUCAAUGCAUUCAGUCACUCGUUGCAUGUCUAUCUUCCAAUAGCACACUGAUGGCAGUUGCUGCAGUUGCUCUCCUUUGUAUGCUGUUUCUUGACAUAGCAGAUGGAGUUUUGUGAUGUUGAUCUGUGCAUUACGCGCAGCUUAGAUGUCACAGUCAUGUCUUGACAAGUCAGUAUAGGAAGCCCACAUGAGUGCCAGCCGCAGAGUCGCCCUGUGCCCACAACAAGAAAGUGGUGAUUGAGAGAGAGCACAUUGUGUCCCGCUCCUACGCAACAGGAGUCAGAGUGAUGAAAGAGUGUUGAGAGAAACAUAGUCUUCCUCAACAAACAGACACAAAGUGAGCCUAACCUCAAGCUACCUGUAUAGCAGCCGCCAUUACAACACAGACCUCCACCAUCAUGGUCAAUAUCUCUUGUCACUGAAGCGUAUCACGCAUAAGAGGUCCGCCUAAGUAACGUAGAAUAAACGUAAAAUCAACCCUCGUCGCAUCUAAAAGUCAUUUCUAAAACAACAUGUCUUCAACCGACGAAUCUGGCGAUCCGUCAGCUGUGGCGCCCAGCACAGCUGAAACUGUAGAAGCUCCACGAGUCGAUGGUGGUGUCGCAGGUAACAAGCUAACAUCGCACGACUCCGAUAAUCCAAAGCCGGAUACUGACGGUCAAAAAGCUGACCAGCCUACUGUUACGUCCGUCAUCAACAAAGCUGCUUCAAGUAGUAGCAGCAGCAGCAGCCCGUCAACGUUGAACCAGCCGUCCAGUUCGUCAGGAAUUGCAGCCUCUCAAUCCGGCUCAUCGAAUGACAGAGACCGCCACAAGUCCGCAUCCAAAUCUCGCGCUCGUGGCGACUCCAAGAAGAGGGCUUGCGAACAGCAACCGCCGAAAUCCAUCGACAACAAGAAGCGUUCGAGGAUUGACAAUGCAGCCAAACUCAUGGUUGGCAACCCAACUCAGUUAUCUCCUGAAGAAGAGCGUCAUCUAAAUGUCGGCCUCGGUGCUGACACCUCGCCAACUCCGUAUCACGGCCUGAACCUUGCACCAGACGGCUUCAUGGAGAUUAACCAAGACCACGAGUUUACAGUGCAGCAAUGCAUGCGCAUCGAUGGAGUGAAAGAGUUCUUCACAGCCAACCCGUCGUUCGCAGAAUGGCCGUCCUUAUCGGGCCACUCGUUUGCGCAGUGGCUAGAGCUAGUUCAUCGAAUUGGCUCUCACAUUUCUGUUGAAGAGAAAUCUAAAACUCUUUUUCCCAAUCGUCCAACGAGCAACAAGAUGCAUCCAACUCUCAAACUCAUCAACAGACAGCCACGUGAAUUCGCGCUCAGAGUCCUUAGCGGAGAUUUUGCGAAAGAUGCGGAUGUCGAAGCGCGAGCAUCUGCCCUUGAUCUCCUGCAGUUCGACAACUUCUACGUAAACGGCGUCGACCACCUUCGCUCUCUACACACCUUGGAGUCCAACAUCCCAGGUAUCGCAAACUACAUCCACACCACGCUGUACAUGUUCCCAGUGAUGUGGCAGCUCUUCCUACCCUACGAGACCGCGCCGUCGCAUGCGUACGAAUGCAGCUACCUGUUCUCGCUGCUCGACAAAGGAACGAAGAAAGCGAUAUUGCAGACUCGUCUCGGCCUCCUUCACGCAAUCCACAAGUACAGUCUCCUUCCGCAGUACCUUGUAGAGAUCCUCACCGGUAAGUGCCCGAUCCUCAAAGAAACGCGAGGUGGCGAGAGUGCGCGCCUCAUCCACGGUACCAUGCUCCAAGCCAUCUACGAGGUAUCGCAUUUUUGUGCACGAAUCAUCGACGCUCAGUCGGGUCUCCUAGCAUGGCAACCAUUUGACAUAUUGUCACCGCUCGACUCAGUCACAACGCGCCGUCUCACCUUUGCCAACGAGUCCCUUGACCGUGCAGCAGCGAAUCUAAAGUGGGACGACGUCCUUAGAGACAAGCGCCACAUCGAGCCACCCCAGUUUGCUGGCCAAUACGAAGUCUUCGUUGAAUCAGGAGGCACGCUCACCGGAAACAGUGACAACACCCUGACCUCCGACACCAUCGACUACACAACAUGGGCACCCUUCGCCGUCUCAACUGUUGACGACGACAAGACCGCAGACGACAUUCUCCAAGACAAGCUUGCCGACGGCGACAUCAGAGGUGAUGACUUCGUGAUGAUGAACGGUCUUGCAGGUAGUGGUAUGAAGCUUGCUGAUGUAGACCUAUCUGACGGAUUACAAGAUGCGGCAGCAACCCAGGCUCAUCGUCAACAGUUUCUGCGCCAAGCACCAGAAUUCCAGCAAGCCGUUUUGAAAGGCAAAGGCCGAUGCUUUCAGCAAAAUCGCUGCAAACCAACCCCAAUGAGUGGAGUUAGCAAAGGAAAAGCAUCGUUACAGGCAGUGUCGCAUGUGCAGGUGGACCAACAGUCAAAAGGGUCAUACCCUCACCCGGCCCUGAACCCAGUCUCCGCCAGACUAGCGCAUGGUGUCCAGCCAGGCCGAAUUGGCAACCAAUUAUCCCAACAUUGUGAAGGUUCUGGUCCCAGCUCAACGCACAUGUCAUCAGCGUCCACAGCCAACGGCAGAGCCAACCUCGUCGGGCCGAGUGCGCCGAAGUGUAAUAUGUUAUCUGUUACAGUUAGUUUCACCACUACAUCCACCAUAAGUCGCUGACAUGAUAGCCCGUCUCCAUAGGAAUAGCCGACUCAUCUACAGGUCCUAAAAAACCUAAAUUACUCUUCGCCGCCUCUCACGGUCAGUAGCAACCCUGUGCUACAAUGUCAAUAAGCAACAUAGCGUCGACAAUCAUCCUGCCAAAUCACCUCUCACAGGCCCGUCGAACGGAUUCCCGCUGUACGAAGACCCAGAUGCGCCUAACUUCGACCCCGACGUUGUCUCGACGAAGUCACAAGAAGCAAGCAUACCUGUUGCUCAUCUCCAUCGACACGGUUUCAUCCCGAUUUCCUACGGCUUCAAGGAACGCACCAUCAACGCCCUUGCCUUUCGCAAGCUGAAAGCCAUCCUACUUCUGGUAAUCGACCACGACGCCGAUGGACUAUGGGCGGCUGGUAUCGACCCAGAUGGCCUAGAAGACAUCGCCGCACUGCAGCUUUUCGCGAGUAACAUCCUGCAAUCCGUCAUCAAGAGCAAGCGAUCUGACCCAGUCACACAUGAAGCGUACAUCGACGCAGCUGUGACACUCGCCAUCAACCGCCUAGCAGUGAAGGAUAUCAACGACCAGAAGGCGGAAGACGUGAUGAAAGAUGUCGUGCUACCACCAUUUGCAACCCUCGCUGAGCGAGCGGCAGCCCGAGAGCUUGUAGAGCAGCUAGGAGCAUCUGCGAAGCACCAUAAGUUCUCAAUCAGCUCAAGCUUCUUUGGCAUCACAACGGAGAUCAUGAGCAAGGCGUUCACGCAUGCAGAGAAAGUGCUGAAUGGUGCUGUCACCUUUCGUGACAAGAUCAAUGAUUACUCAUCAGACGCGCACCCGAAGCUCGCAGCGGCAGUCUCAGGCACGAACAUGUUCCUAAUGCUCGCGUAUGCAGCCGACUUGCUCCAGAAAGACUUCCAAGCGUUUCACGACUUGAAAGCCGAGAUCGACGAGGCCCCAGGCCUCUCGAAGUUUCUUCACGAAGCCGACCAGAAGAAGCUCAUCUCUAGAGCAGCCGAUGUGUUCAAGAACAAGCUCCGCCCUGUGUCCGCAUCUCGCCAUGACAUCAUUCAAGCGGCCAUCUCUCUCCGUGAUCUAGUGCCGAGGGACAAGACCAGAGUUGCAGCAGCGUCGUCCACGGAAAAGCAGGUACACCAACCGCGCAAACCCUUUGGAGCAGGUAGACAGCAGUCCCAACGCCGUCAUCACGUCAACAACAAUCGCGACCGCCAAGGACGCGACAAAGUCCGCAUUCGCAGCCAUGGAAGAGGCCGAGGCCACAGUGCGAGAUCUCGUAGUCGUGACCGACGCUCUCGCACACAGAGCCGUGAUGAUGCUAAGCCACGCAACGACCAGGGCCAUGGCCUGACUGAGAAGAAGCAGCGAUUCGGCCAGCACGAGUCGAAUGCAAAAGCGGCACUCGCAGCAGAGUAUGUCUGCGAAGAUACCAUCGACACAAAGGAGAUAUGUGUCAUGUUCGCAUGCGCACAAAAGAAAGUGAAGAUCAACAUCGGCGGUGAGAUGCGAGUACCAUUCUGCAACCUUGGUGAUGACAAGUGCAAACGCCACAAGAAGACGUCCGCAUGGGUAGACACGCUGAAACUGAAGUAAGCAUACAGUGGACAGUAAUCCACGUCGGCUGUGUCAUCUACCUCGUGACGCCACUCUUAAUUAAGCUUGCAACUGCUAGUCAGCUCCAGUGAUCCUGCAUCUCUUAGAGAAUUGCAUCAUCAUGUUGCAUAGUAAGUCAUGGUCUAGUAGACCAAUUGGCACAAAGAGGCCAAGAUGCAAUGCAGCCCAAAGUAGGUAGUAUAGCAUGCAACAGAGUAUCUCACCAAGAUCCAUGUGCAUGACCCCAAGUGAGGUGAGCCUCACACAGCCGCACCAUAGCAGCAGCACCCGCCAGGGGCAGAACCACGAAGGUAGAGCUCGCCUGAGGCAAGAGGCGACCCCAGAGUGUGAGCGCUGAGCCACGUUUCUUUCUUUGUCCUGACACAGGCAUCAUAAGCAGAGUCUGUCCAUCUGUUCACUAUCGGUGACCCGUUGUUUCUUUGUUUCUACAGGUGUCCCCUGAAAACCCUGAUGUAAUAACUGUACACCAGAUAGGCGCGCCACCUUGUUCACGAGCAGCUAAAACCAAGUACAGUCACUAAGUCCUCUCCUCAGUAGGUUUAGUAAGUGAGCUUUGCACGCACACCUGUUGCCCAUUCGGCCUUUCAGCUGUUUCAUCAGUGCUGGUUAUGUACUUUCAGUACAAUGAUGUCUGUCGCAUCUUGAGAUUUCUUAAGCUAGUUAUGGCUGCAUCAAGCCACCAUCACUCUUGUAGGUCAAUCAAACAGACACACACCUCUCCACCAUAAUGUCGCACAAUUCCAAGCAAGGCCUCCCUGAAGCGAUUCGCUUCCAUGCAUCCAUCGACACAUCCCCAGAAGGACUUGAACGUGAACGCGAGCGCCUCGAGAUGGUGGUUGAAGACAUCCGGUCCACAGCACUCAAAGAGUCUGUUAUUCACGGCACCAAAGAAGACCUCCUCGCCCGUCCAAAGCGUGUCACCGAGCUGAACAAAUUUUACCAAGGUCACAAGGCGUCCGCUCUCAAGACCGAGGACAAGUCCCCUGCCCUGCUAAAGAGUCUCAUGGAGCGUGUGAGCUACGGAACGCAGGAGCUCCGUGAGAGGGUGUGGGGAAGCAACGGCUUCCUUAGCACUGGCUUCCCGACUGUUGGUCCAGUGUUCAAGUAACCUCUCUAUCCUACACUUUGUUGCUCGUUGCCUGUUCUGUCAAGUCAUGGUAGUAAGUAUAUCCCAAUCACUUUCAGCACCCUCUUCAGAUAGUAUCAGGACUCGCCAUCACUACCUCUGCGCUUAUCCACAUACGUGUCUCAAACCAACAGGUACGGAUCGUGGCAAGACGCCAAGCCAAUGUCCAGAGCAGAAAUUGACCGAGUCGAUCACUGUCCUGUAGAGGAUGAAGCAAUCCAGCGAGCAAUCAACGAGAUCCCCCAGCCGUCGUGCAGACCUCUGCCUUGUGAGUCGAAUGACAUCCUACGCAGAGGUUACGACACAAUUGUCGCCAACUCCUGGCCAAACUCGCCCAUCAUCAAGCCGAUCCCCGACGAAGCCAUCUCCAUCGUCAACGGUGUCGUCCACGUCCAUGGUGUGCCUGCGAAGAAGCAUAUCCGAAUAUUCUCCAUUGGCCAGCGGUGGUGUGAUCAAGUCCACGAUUGGACAAAGAUCAGGUCCAUCGCGAAUGAGAAGCCCGUUGACACGCGCGCAAGCGCCGUCACCGAGCAUCUUGUGCUGCCUCAUAUGGACGUCAUAAUCAACGCCAUGCAAGAAUGUGUCCUGCCUGGGUCCGACGCGCCUCUGAUGUACUGCAAGCGACACCUCACAGCCCAGAUUGCAGAAGAGCGCCACGCGCAGAAGUCAUGGGUAGAACUUGACGUGAUCUCUGGAGGAUGGAGAGCCUGUGAUGUUGUUGAUUCCUCACUUCCAGCUUUUCUUCCCGUAGCAUCGAAACUUGACUUGCAUAGUGCAUACUUUCAGUUACCAAACGAUUGUGAAAAUGAUGAGUACUUAUGUUCUUUUUGGAACCCUUUUGCUAACCGCUUUCAGUUUGCCCACACUCCGUGUAUCACCUUUGGCAAUGUUCAUAGUGUAUUUCAUUUUUGUGGUAGUGUCUCACGUCCAUUUGAGUUUAUCAUUCGAGAGAUUGCAGGCAUUCCUGUACUAAUUUAUGUAGACGACCUCAUUCUCCUCACAUGCAUCGCCCUUGCAGCGAUGUCGCAUCGCUGUGUUAAGCGCAUCGUAGCGCUGCUUGGGUUUGUGCAAUCUGAUGCAAAAGAUGUCAUUGGGUCGGCUCUCUUAGCCUCAGACGUGCUUGGCAUCGACGUUGUCACUGACCCCACCUCUGACUCUGUCUUGAUCCGCAUGUCAAAGGCGAAAGUUGAUGCUGCAGUUGACUCAAUAAACAACCUCAUCAAGCUCAUUUGCAGUGCCUCCGUAACCUGCAAUGCUAUUCACAACGCGUUAGGACUCAUUACAUACCACCUCUUUCAUCGUAAAUACUUGAACGUAGGCCCCCAGGUCAGUAUACUAUACCGUCUCACUCAACCCCGCAUAGUAAAGUCCCUAAACAAGAGUAAACAGUUUCAACUAGUAGUUGUCCAAUAUCUUUUGCAAACGAUCGACGCCAUCUCUGAGAACCCAGACUUUGUGCUGUCUCGCAGCAAGCUCCUGAAAGAUGGCUUCGACCUCUUCAGUGAUGCUGCUGCGGCAGGGAACAUGGUUUGGGCAGGAGCAGUUGUCCUCCUGCCAUCUGGCGACUCAUUCCACUACAAAUUACAAUUCACGAUUGGCAAAUCUCCACAGCAGUUUCCUAGUGCCUUCUUUCGCAACACUCACAAGAUCUUCAUCUACGAGCUUCUCGCGCUCUGGUUAGGCCUCAACAUCUUCGGUGAUCAUAUUCGUAAUCUAAACGGCGUUUGCCAUGUUGACAAUAUUGCAGCAGCGUAUGCCACAGUGAAAGGCAAGUCAGCCUCCCCGGCAGGCGCAGCGCUUGCUUCUGACAUAGUCCGCACUCUUCGACAAGCUGAGAUUGCAACAGCUAUUAAGUAUGUCCGCACUGAUCGUAACCCGGCUGACGCUCUCACACGAGAGAAACUUUUUGUUGCAUAUACUGAACGUGUCAAUAGUAUUGACAUCACACCAUCCCGAGAUGUAGUCAAUGAUAUGCUCUGUUGUAUAGGUGAACUCAUGUGCAACGCUGAGAUUGGUGUCAGUCAUGUUACGAAGAGCCCUUAAUCUCCCGCGCACUACUGUGCGCACUGAAUCAGACCACCAGGACUACAAAUUAUGGCCGCUUGAGUCGGCGCUAUCGCCGCAGACUGUUCGCUGCAGACGUUCUCACUGGAAAGCCUUCAUUGCAUGGUGGGCAAAUGAGUAUCCAUCUCGUCCUUUUCACAUCCCACCAUAUGCCACAUCGCGUGCUGACUGCACCCUGCCGAAUGUGCACUUCACUGAGGAGCUCUUCGCCUUUGGCCGCUACCUCAUCUCUAGGGACAUGUCCCGAUCAUACCAUGUGAUCCUUGCAAGCGUCUCGCAGCGCCUCAAACAGCUCAACUGCCUUGAAUUAGGCAGCCCCUGGGCAUCAGACAACCAGCGUAGCAUGUAUUACGCACUCAACAAGCUCAAAGAGACCUUUACCCGCCGCAAGGCAAUGCCGGUGCCAGCACGCCGCCUUCUUCAGCUCGCCCCACACAAGCGAGAGAUCGCGAAAUUCUGGGUCUCGGGCGCAUACCGCCUUGCGUCUCUCCUGUCGAUCAUGCCAGAGAUGGUCCAACCGCUCAGAUCAGACCCAUCAUGGGCUACCAUUGUCGUCCCAGACGUGAAAUUCAACCCAGAUGAAGCAGACCUCUUCUGCAACGCAGUGCCUGCCGCCGUCACGCCAGCCUCGAUCGGUUCCUGGACCGAGCAGAAACUCAGGUCCAUCGCAGAGGAGUGCGGCUCAACCCCGCACGGGAUGCGUCGUGCAUGUGCCACAGCUGUCAGAAUUGUUGCUGCAAAGCACGGCUUCUGGUCUGUCGACGAGCUUCCCGAUCUCAACCUUCAGCGUCUUGCAGACCAUUUCGGUUGGUCUCGAGCUGGUGUCAUGAGAAUGUUUGACUACUACACACUUGAUUUUCGUACAUUCAUUGGUCUUGGAUUUUUCCUACCACGUGCACUAAUGUACUGGCUCCUUGAAGACAUUGUAUCUCCAUCCACAACGGACUCUGACAUCUGGUUCUUCUCAUGAUGCAUCCACCAACCAAGGCCUCGCGCCACAGUUAUAACCACACGAGGUUGCCGACCAAUCCAGUUCUAGGAUGACUCUAGAGCAGUGUUCCUUUGAGCGUCCUCCAUCCGCACCCUCCUCAGUUAGAACGACCACUCCUCUAUUAGGAGGUUGAGCUAUCGCUAUAUCAAGUUGUCGGUAUCUCACCAAGUCGGUUUGUGGUGGAGUGCGCAAGGCUUGCUCACCCAUCGGAAUAGUUCUGCGUACAAACAAUCAUUACAAUCAUAUGUAUCUGUUGUACCUGUUCCAUGUCAAACGUCUCGGAGAUCUCGUCAUUAUUUAGACAGAUUUAUCGCUGUCGUGCUCUUUGUCAUCGUCUAUUCAAUCGAUAAACCCUAGAAUUCAACAGAUAUGAAAUUCUUGAAACGCAACACAACUACUCUACUCCGAUUGUAGUUCAUCUAACACUGCAUGAGCAUGUGCUCAACUUCGUAAAUUCACCUUUCCGCAUUCUUCAGAAAAUACUGCAACAUUCUGCGAUGAUAUCGUAAAAAUCGUAGUAGAGGAUAAACCGACGUAAAGAACACAAAUAUAACUAUCAAACUAUGUACUACUCGUACUAGUGAUAUUAAAAUAAAUAUGUCUAUGUCAUACACCACCACAGAAAAAUUAAUUAUCCAACGUAACAAACAGUACAAAUACCGAUGAGUAGUAUUUCCUAGAAAAAUAUGAAUAUCCUCAGGAGCAAUAUUGAUUCCCACUGAACUCAUUAUGAACUUGCAAUGUGAGAAACUAGCUGAAAGUAGCAGCUAGUCGCGAUAACAAUGGCAGACGCAAUAAGAUUCUCAAUAUUUGCUGCCGCAGUAGGCGCAUUAGGUUCAUCGACCAAUGCAACCAUCAAGAAUUGACUGCAGUGUAGACGUGACAAAAUCCCUCGCGG